AUAAAAAGUUGAAAGAAAAAAAAAACCAAAGAUAGUACAAUCAUAUAGUCAGAGUCAAUAAUAGAUUGAGUUUUCAAAAAGAAAAAAAAAACUGAAAACGUAUGACGACGACCGAGUGUACUACAUCUCCGGCGAUUCCGCCUCCGCAGGUGGAGCAUUCACCACCACAGGAGAAGCCAGGCAACGCUGAACUCUUUUCCCCCGCUCCUCCCUCUCCGCCGCCGCCAAAAAUUACGAUGAUGGAUAUUGUGAAUAGCAACGGAAUUUUAACAGAUCAAUUGGUUGAUGAAGACCCAUCUUUUUACAAAUAUCUGGAUAGCGAAGAGUAUGCUGAGAAGUAUCGAAGCUACGAAGCUGAUUUUAGAAAGUAUCUCAUGGAUAAGCACUUCUCUGAAGUGGAUGAAUAUGAGGAGACAACAACAAUUGAUGGUGAAACCAUUUUUUCAAGCGUGUUGCCUUGUGCACGUUGGUAUGCAGACCCGGAUGCUUCGUUUGUAGACCCGCCACAAUGCAUUGUUGAAGAAGAAGAAGUAGGAGAAGUAGAAGAAAUGGAAGAGGUAGAAGAGGUUGAAGAAGAAGUAGAUGAAGUAGGAGAAGUAGAAGAAGAACAAGAAGAGGUCAUAGAUUCAGCUUCUGCAGAGAUACCAAAUGGUGAAAUCUCCAAUGGAGGUACUGUCUUAGAGGAUACUUGUGAUGUUGGCGAGAAACCAGAUUUUCCCAUUUAGUUUCUUUUUCUUUGUUCUGUUUUCGGUGUUAACAAUGUUUGAAUGGAACCCUUUACUUCAGUUAAUUUGCUUCUUUAGACCAAUAAUGUGAUACACAAUCUCGGUGUUAACAUUGUUGUUAUCUAGUAUCUACAUACAAAUGCAAGUAAGUAAUUGCUACUGUAGUAGUCACUAGUCGCAUACAUGGCAUCAAUCAUAGUACUACUGGCUUAAGUUAACACACCAAGAACUAGAAGAGUG